CCUCAACGUAAUGGAAAUCAGAUCUAAUAACCGACGGUUAAAUGAAUCAAAACACCUUAGAAGAAAAGUAGUUUUUGUCGAUCCAGACGACCCUGAUGCUCCUCACUGGUGGCCGGCCUUAUAUCCAGGUGAAGGAGAAAGCCUAGUUUGUUAUUUCGAAGAUGGUUCUUAUUCUAUAGUACCAGAAAAGGAUCAAAAGCCAUUUGACCCAAAAAUUGAACCGUAUACAACAUAUAUGGAGGGUCCAAAUUCUGAAGCCUUUCAAAAAGACAAAGCUGUUACUUUGGCAACGCUUUAUUUUGAAAAGGGUGUGGUACCUCCCGUGUUUAAGUGGAUUCGUAAUGAGGAUACCUCUGGUGCUAAUGUAAGCACUAGUAUCCCCGGUUCCAAUGGGAAUAAUUUAUCUGAUGGUCCUAAUGCUGGGGACGAAGAUUCUACCAUUGUUACAAAAAGACACGUACGAAAAGAAAGUGCUAAUAAUG